UGCAUGAAUCCUUCCCCCGGGAAAGAGUUCCGGAGCGUACGGCCCCCCGCGCGGUCGCUAUGGAGACAGUCGACACGCGGCUGUCUGUGUCGGAGACCCUGGAGGCUCUUAAUGCUCUUCUCAGAGGAAAGGCCCGAGACGGAGCUCGUGGCUCAGUCUGGUUCAAAGAGAGCAGCACCCGGAACUUGCGUAGCCGGGACUUCCUGGCCCCACGGGCUGCCCUGAGGGCCAUGUUCGCAGACGGACAGGUUCCCAAUGGCAUUGUUGAGAGUGUGUGUUCGCUUAAAUGCCCAGGGGUGCCACCAAUCCAGAGCUGCCAAAAGGACCUAGCUGGACUGACUGUGCAGUUGAAGAGAGCUGAUGCCUUUGAGCGGAUCCUGAAGGCCAUUCAUGUGUAUGCGAAACCUCCCCAGACAGCCCACGGGCACAGCAUCCUCCUCAACUGUGUGCCCCUCCAUGGGUGCAAGGGCCUGAGCUCACUCAGUCUGAGUCAUCUGAGAACCAUCCUGGUCACUGACCACCUGGCGGGCUUUCUUCGAGCACAAGGGGCGGAUGUUCAUCUGGUCCCAGCUUUGGCUGACACGGAUGUCCAUCAGUUCCUGCGCCAGCUGCGAGUUGAGUGGCCUUCAGUGUUGGGAACCUCCCCAAACCCUGAGGAUGUUCUAGCCAUCAAGGAAGCCCUUCGCCAGUGCCCCCAUGCCACUUUUGCCCAGACGAACCAGGGUGGAGUCGUGUGUAAACUGCACUUAAAAGGGUUCCUGGAGAAGAAGCAGGAGGAGGGCCUAGAAGGCUAUGACUCUAACCUAGAUGUUUUUCUUGUGACAGAGGAGAAACUGCACCAUCUGGCUGAGCUUCAAAAUGUGGCGCUGAAAUGCACAGUGGCUGCACCAGAGGGAUACUGCAGCGUUGUGCAUGUGGUGAGCAAUGAGGAGGCGUUCCAGCAGCAGAAGGUGGACUUACUGUGGAGGCUGGUAGCUCCACAAGCUCUCGCAGCUUCACAGAAACACCUUGUCUGUGGGCCUGUGAAAAUCACCCAUGCUGCCUCUCCUAUGAGCGUUCUUCAGUAUUUCCAGCUGCGGCAUUCCCAGAUGUACGAGGCUUCAGUGCUGAAAUAUGGAGACCUCUCUCAGGAUGAAACCUGGACUGAAACGGUCAGCGUGUUGACAUCAGCUGCCAUCCGAUUUGAGAUUCUGAGCACAGCCCAUCAGAACCAGGUUCUCCUGGAUGUGGAGGAGACCAGCAUCUCUACCAAGGGGACCAAAAGUGGGGCCUUUGUAAUGUACAACUGUGCUCGCCUUGCCACACUCUUUGAAACAUACCAGCGGGCAGUAGAGCAAGGUCUGUACCCAGCCUUUCCCCUACCGUCAGAGCUGAACUACUUUUCUCUCAGGGAAGAGGGUGAAUGGCUCUUGUUGUUCAAUAGCAUCCUGCCUUUCCAGGAGGUCCUGAGCCAAGGGAUGCAGCUGCCCAUCACCAGUGGUGGGCUCAGGAUUCCAGCCAGCACAGAGGCGAUUUGUAAGUUCCUAAUCCAACUGAGCAUGGAUUUUAGCUCCUACUACAACCGGGUGCACAUCCUGGGGGAGCCACGGCCCCACUUAUUCAGCCAGAUGUUUGCCCGGUUGCAGCUGAUGAGAGCAGUGCAAGAAGUGUUCCACUCUGCCCUGGCCACCCUCCACCUGCCUCCUCUUAGCCAGAUCUGAGCAAACCGGUCACAUGCCUGCUGUGGCACUCGUGCACCACCCAUGUCGGGCUUCCUGACGGCCAGCACUGUCGCAAAGAGGAGUGGACUGUCAAGCAUGGGGAGAGGCUUGUUCGGUUGCUGUCCGUCAUCCAGCAGAGCAUAACCUUGCAGGACAGGGCAGAUGUGUUGGACUUGAAGUGAACUGACCUAAUUUGAUGCUGGAAAGAAGAGCCAAGUGUUAAGCAGAUACAUUCCUGAUGGUGAGGGGCCUGCUGAGCGGAAGUUGCAAAAUUCCAAUUGGGAAGAUAAAGGAUAAAAAAAAAAACCUGUACUAGGGGAGCUGGGAAGUGCACUACUCUAGGAAUUGCAUUGCUCUUGUCCCUCCCAUUUGCUUACAGUGGGUCUAAGGUAUGGGGAAAAGAGGGCAGUGGACCAAGCCAAAAGAAAGCACAGCUGA